AUGGCGUCCAUACUGGACAUUCCACUGCGGGUGCUGGGGACUGUGCUUGAGACUGCGAAAACAACACCGUUGCCUAUACUGUUUCUGGUAUUGUUUACAACGGCACUCUCUACGUUCGCUUUUAUUUAUGUCCUCGUCUUCCUCCUCGCGCCCACACCCCGCGCACCAUAUGACUCGGAAAAAACCUACAUUACAACCACGCCAUCCGGCUCCACCACAUCCCCCAAGCCACUCCCUUGCUGGCAUGACGAAUGGCUAGCCCACCGGCACGAAGCCGCGUCUCAAAAGGCGGAAAAGAAACAUACUGGUACAAUUGAUGACGCGGAAGUGGAAGUCAGCGUCGUGAUCCCAGCAUACAAUGAAGAAGAGCGCAUAGUCAUCAUGCUCGAAGAAGCAGUGGAAUUCCUCGAUUCAGAAUACGGGCGGUCUCCUUCGAAAUCCAAGGGCAAAGGAAAAGCGAACGGGAGUGUGGCUGAAAGUGGGAAAGGGAUCGGCGGGUAUGAGAUCCUAAUCGUAAAUGAUGGGAGUAAAGACAAGACUGUGGAUAUCUGUUUGGACUUCGCCAAGACGAAUAAGUUGCACGAUAUAUUGAGGAUAUGCACGCUGAAGGAGAAUAGAGGGAAGGGUGGAGCGGUCACGCAUGGGUUUCGACAUGUGAGGGGUGCGUAUACGGUGUUUGCGGAUGCGGAUGGGGCGAGUCGCUUUAAGGAUCUGAGGAAUUUGGUGGAGGGAUGUAAGAAGGUCGAGGAUGGGCCUGGAAGGGGCAUUGCUGUGGGAAGCAGGGCACAUUUGGUGGGAAGUGAAGCUGUUGUCAAAAGAUCGGCCUUAAGAAACGCCCUCAUGCACUCCUUCCACCUCCUCCUCCGCCUCCUCACGCCCCCCGCCACCUCGCGCAUCCGCGAUACCCAAUGCGGCUUCAAGCUCUUCUCGCGGUCCGCACUCCCGCACAUCAUACCCUACAUGCACGCCGAAGGCUGGAUCUUCGAUGUCGAGAUGCUCAUGCUUGCCGAAUCCGCACCCUCUGGUAUCCAAGUGGCGGAAGUGCAGAUCGGAUGGCAGGAGGUCGGUGGCAGUAAACUUAAUGUUAUGUGGGAUAGUCUGGGCAUGGCGUGGGGACUGGCGUUGUUGAGGUUGGGCUGGAUGUUGGGUGUUUAUAAAAGGAGGUAG